AUGGUGGUGAAGGUCUAUGGUUCAGGAAGAGCAGUAUGCCCUCAAAGGGUGUUAGCUUGCCUCUUAGAGAAAGGGGUAGAUUUUGAACUUGUGCAUGUUGAUCUUGAUCAAGGAGAACAAAAGCGACCUGAUUUCCUUCUCAGACAGCCCUUCGGUCAAGUUCCGGUUGUGGAGGAUGGUGAUUUCAGGCUCUUUGAAUCAAGGGCUAUUGCAAGGUACUAUGCAGCAAAGUAUGCAGACCGUGGUCCAGACCUAUUGGGUACAACCUUAGAGGAGAGAGCUCUUGUGGACCAGUGGCUUGAAGUAGAAGCACACAAUUUCAAUGAUUUGUGCUUCACUUUAAUGCUUCAGCUUGUGAUCCUUCCAAGUAUGGGUCAACCUGGAGAUUUGGCCUUGGCUCAUAGUUGUGUGCAAAAGCUAGAGAAAGUGCUUGAUGUGUAUGAACGUAGGCUCUCAGAAAGCACAUAUCUUGCUGGGGAGAAGUUCACUUUGGCUGAUUUGAGCCACCUUCCAGGUCUUGGAAAAAUCAUAGAGGAAGGCAAAAUGGGACACAUAAUAACUGAAAGGAAAAAAGUGAAUGCUUGGUGGGAGAAAAUUUCAAGUAGGCCAGCUUGGAAGAAAUUAAAGGACUUGGUUCAGUAA